AUGAGUCUACGGAACACAACGGCCCGGGCAGCAACAAUGGCCAAAUCAGUCUGUAUCAUUGGUGCCGGUCCAUCUGGUCUAGUGGCCGCUAAAAACCUGCUGCACAAUGCACCAGCAGGCAACUUCAAAGUCUCGGUAUAUGAGGCCCAAGAUGAUAUUGGUGGGCUCUGGCCGACGUCUAAACUUCAAAAAGGUCGACAAAUUCAUCCUCUCAUGGUCGCUAAUCAAAGCAAGCAUACCAUGCACUUCAGUGACCUUGCCUGGCCCGAAGAUGCGCCUCAAUUGCCUCAAGCGUGGAUGGUCGGCCAAUAUCUCCAACGAUACUCAAAGCGGUAUCUUGAAAGCAGCCCUGAUUACCAGUUGCACUUAUCAACAAAAGUUAAGGCAGCCGAAAAGACUGCCACCGGUUGGGAUAUCACCACCGACGGUGCAGACAAAACCAGCUUUGACUACUUGCUCGUUGCCACCGGCUACUUCGGACAACCAAUUGUACCAGACUCGUUAAAGGCCAAAGCUACAAUUCCUGUAAUUCACAGUUGCCAAUACCGGGAUAUUCAGCAGCUCCUGAAGAGCGCCAACAGCAGCGGGCGUAAAAUACUGGUCGUUGGUGGACAAAUGUCUGGCGUUGAAAUCGCUGCUACUAUUGCGUCACAUCUCUCCUCGGCCACACAUUCCCCCACCGCCUCAGGCAUUGCAGAUAUCGCAGACUACAAAGUCCACCAUGUCAUUCAACGCCCUAUUUGGGUCUUCCCUCUUCACACAACGCCCGAGCCAUCGAGUGCGGCGCCCCCGUUCGUGCCGCUGGACCUAUCGUCAUACAAUCGCAACGCUCGACCUCGUCCACUCACAAAUUCACAGGGCCACAUCACUGUGGAUGCAGCAAAGCGACUCCACGGAAUAUUCGAAAAGUCUCUCGGGUCAGACCAGGCGAGCUUCUCUGAGCAGCUCAAGAUUGACGACAAGGGCAGAUCCGAGCCUGCCUAUCUGGCUGUCAGCGACUGGCACUGCGACUUUGUCCGCUCCGGUGCGAUCCAGCUCUCCACUGGUAGAGUGGAAUCGAUUGAAUCAAAUACCGCCACUCUCAGUGAUGGUUCUACCAUCGAUGACAUAGCUGCUGUCGUAGUAGCGGCUGGCUUCGAUGCCUCUCCAUGCCUUGACUUUUUACCAAAGGAUGUCCUCGCAACAAUUCAGCAUUCUCCAAGUCACAACUCACAAAUAGCUGCACUCGCUUUCCACGCAACACAUCACCCCGAGGUUUCAAAUCUUGGCUUCGUCGGCUUCUACCGUUCGCCUUAUUGGGGUGUAAUGCAGAUGCAGGCUAGAUUCCUAUCCCAGCUGUGGUCCGGCAACCAGUCUGAAUCGCUCAAGCAAAAGCUUCAACAAGAUGACUCUAUUGCCCGCACAAUUUCUCUACGAGACGACCCCAGACUCUCUCAAUUCCCCAUGGGAGACUACGCAUUUCUUAUGCAGGAGUUUGCAGAAGCUCUAUCAAUCGAUUUUUCUGCCCCCAUCCCUACACAAGCACCCAAUCUAUCUUCAAACAACCUUCCCUUACACCCACUCACGCCAUCCUGCUACGCAGUUGCCAAUGAAGAUGGUGAAAAUAAUAAACAAGCACAGCUCUCCAUGGCAGAUGCUGCCAAGGUGGCCGAAGAAGCACUGACAUCACCGCGGUUUGUGUCGCGCGCCGUCUUCCGCAGCCUGCUGGGCACUUGGAACCUCGAACGCGACCUCACAAGUAAGCUUCCGUCGCAUCCAAGCGGCCACUUUAGCGGCACAGCGCAGUUCCUAGUGCGACAACAGACACCAGACGGUCUUCAAUGUGCUACAUCUACCUCUGAUAUAACCCCUUCAGGACACGAGACUGCGUGGGAGUAUCUGUACAUUGAAGACGGAACUUUUAGUACUGAACAGGGCUUUGGAUUCCGCGCAACUAGACGCUACAUCUACCGUUACGACGAGGCUUCUGAUAAGCUUAGUGUCUGGUUCGCUCACCCUGAGGACCAAAAAAAGGCAGACUACCUCUUCCAUGAGGUAGAGUUUACCGAGCCUGACGCAAGAUUAGGGUGGUCUGCUAAAUCUGGCCAUUUGUGCAUUGAUGACUACUACGACGUCAAGUACCGCUUCAAGUUCAACAGCGUUAACCUAGCUAGAUGGUGCUGCGAGUACACCGUUAACGGGCCGAAGAAGGACUACACCAUUCGCGGUGUUUAUACCAGAUAG